AAUUUGAGACUAUUGGAGAAGUCGUGGCUAAAAGUAAUAUUUAGUGACAAAUUUUGGCUUGUCAUAAAACAUUUGUCACUGAAACAGAUUUGCUGUAAUGUGGAGACAUAAACAGUCUGACUCUGCAAAGAUUUGAACCCUUGACCCCAACAGCCAAGCUAAUUCAUCAACUGAGUUUUAAUAAUACCACAUUCGAUAGUGAAUGAAUUAAAGAAAAAAAUUUGUGUGCUCAAUGUGAUCUUUGAAGGACUUCUUGCCCUUUCCCUUUGGUAUCUUCCAUUCUCUUUAGUGUAGUUGUUUUAUUAUAAAAGAACCAAUGAGUUGAGUUCUUACUAAAACACGCUGCCAACACUUCGCAGUAGUUAUUGGGGCAUUUUCUAUUACUUCAUUGAGUUGCUUUAUUCUUUGUUGGUUUGAUUUGUCUUUCUUUGUCUUCUCAGAAAAGACUCCUUUGUCCAUCUAUAUUACUUGGUUAAGAUCAAGCCACUAGCUAACUUAAAAUGCCAAUUGCUUGUUUCUUCUUUGCUUUAUUGGAUUCAUGUCUUACUCGUAUCUUGAAGACUUUAAAAAUUUUGAUGAUCCCAGAGAUGCUUCUCGCGCAUUUGUCUCAGGGAAUUUUACAGGAGAUGGACUCACUGACUCAAUGCAUGGUUUGUCCAGCACUGAGGUGAAGAGUGUCGUUGACUGGCGAGAUUUUUACUUCAAAACGUACAUAUUUGUUGGCAAGCUAGUGGGUCGUUACUAUGAUAGCGAAGGGAAUCCCACAAAAUAUUUGAAAGGGGCUGAAGCAAAGGCUGCUAGAGGUGCACAACUGAUGGAGAAACAGAAAAAUGAAGAAGCUAAACUACCUAGCUGCAAUUCAAGGUGGAGUCAGGACACGGGUUCAGAGGUUUGGUGCGAUAAUGGUUAUCCAAGGUUAAUUCAAAAACCACUAGAAAUGGCUAUAACUGGGAAAGUGAGCAAGCGCUGUGCUUGCUUCAAUGAAGAGGAACUAAACCAGCCCGGAUUGGAAGUCUACAGUGGAUGUGAUCAUUUUGCAAAGCUCUGUCGACUUUAGGCAGUGCGAAAUUGUUUUUCGUAAAUAAUUAGUUGAUUACAUGAAGGGAAAGGGUGAGUUAAGUAAUACACAAGUAGAAGAAUAUGACGAAGCAGAAGGAAAAAGGCUAAUAGAAGCGAUGAUAUGGUUUGAAAUAUUUAUAUUUAUGUAACUCAUGAUAAAAGCACUACAAGAUUGUUUCUGUUUUUUUAUUUCUUUUGGUUACUAGUUUUAGAUUUUCUUUUUUUAAUAGAUUUUGAUGUUUAAAUAA